AUGGCAUAUCCCGUCCGAGUGGAGGUCACUUUGGUUAUCGAAGAGACCCUGCAGCCCGGCCAAACGGUGUUCGACCUCGCAAGUUCGGUCCAAGAGAGUUGGCAAGCCCAGGGUAUGAAUGUCGGCGACGUUCAAGUCCAGGACGGUCCCCGCAGCUUCUCGCUUAGCACCGGCAUCGUCUCAGAUGUCCAGCAUACCCAGAAGUCAGCCAAGCCAAAGAAUGUGAGCGAAGCUGGCGACGGUUCUGCAGCAUACCGCACUUUCAACCUUCGAAGUGGUAAAAGAAGUGUCUCUUUGUCACCGGAUGGAGCCAAUGCCAACCCAAUCGACGAUGGUACUGGAGCGACUGGUACGCCGUCAAACAUCGACGCCCAUCUUCGAAAUCCGAGGAAAGCAAAGAAAGCCGCCAGAAAAGCGGCGAGGCUAGCCCGUGCAACUGAUGGGCACAUUCUCACCAAAAAAGAGAAGAGAGCAAUCGCACAGGAUGGCUCGAUAGACAGGAGGUUCAAGCACAACUUCGAAGGAAUCGCGUUCGCCAAAACAGUGCAAAAGAAAGGACUCACUGCAGCGCUUGCUAGUCAGAGCACCGGCGUGAGGAAGUCGCUCAACAAGCGCACUGCGCAGAGAGAAAAGCGAAGAUGGGGUGCCGCCGAAGACCUCAACGAGGACAAGAAGCUGGAACUGCUGACCAAAGAGCUUGAAUCGGCCUUCGAUGUCAUCACGCCAGCUGCCGCCGAGAAGUCUGAGGGCGCUUCGAACAGUCAAGCCGAAUCAGUGGCGAACAUGUCGAUGGAGCCCUCUGUGUCUGUGCCUAAGCCUGGUUCAGGAAAUGGAGCCACCGCGAACGGACAGAAAGGAACGGGUGGGCCUGAAGCAGCCGACGCGCUCCUGAACACAGACAUGUUCAACGAAUCGACCACAGCUGGAAUAGAUCUAGUCAACAUGAUGUUCAGGGUCUUCGAUGAGCAGAUCUAG